AUUUUGAAAUGGGAGCAUGUUCAUCUAGUAAACCAAUUACAAAAUAAUCAAAUCAAGCUAGUAAUCGAUAAAUUUAAGAGGAUCCAAUUAUAUCUGUUGUUAAUUACAUUUUAGAAGAACCAGCAUAAGUUGAGAUCGAAAAUUCAAAAUAAGAAAAUUUAAAUCAAGUCAAUCAAGAUUAAGAUAAUUAAGAUUAAGAUAAUUAAUAUUAAGAAAAUUAAUUAUCAGAUAUAGAUCAUUUAGAAAUCAAUGAAGAAGACAAUCAUAAAUUUAUUGAUGAAGAAAUACUAUUAGAUAAUACUGAUGAUACAAUUCAAAAACCUGCAGAUACUGUCAAUUUCAUUAAUACUGGAUAAACUCUCAUGUAACAUAGAAAUCAAAGUGAUGUUAAAGUAUUGCAAAAGUAAAGAAUAUUUUAGACUGGUAAAGAAAAUAUGUUAAUGUCUUGA